ACAUGCGCAUUCGAGCCGUAAUGUGUGAUGAGAUUGCCAAGUUUAUAAUGAGCGAUGUGUAGAAUGGAAAUGCGACCAUUCUUUACCAAAACCAUGAGUAAACCCUGUACACAAUGCCCAAGAUCAUGAUAGGCAAGAAAAGACUUCGCAAGUUAGUUACUUUUCCGGCGUCCAGCGCGAGGAAGUGGCGGUCAAAUAGCCGUGACAGUGGCUCGGGUUAUGGAAAGCCAAGUGUUUAUCAUGCCACUGUGGUUAUAUUUUUGGAAUAUUUUGCAUGGGGUCUUCUGACCUCUCCAAUGUUAGGAGUUUUAAAUGAUACAUUUCCAGAGCAUACUUUUCUCAUGAAUGGCUUGAUUCAAGGCAUUAAGGGUAUUUUAUCAUUUCUAAGUGCCCCUCUACUUGGUGCAUUAUCUGAUGUUUGGGGACGGAAGUCAUUUCUUCUUCUCACUGUUUUCUUUACCUGCUGUCCCCUUCCAUUACUAAAGUUUAACCCAUGGUGGUUCUUUGCAAUGAUCUCCGUGUCCGGUAUUUUUUCAGUGACAUUCUCAAUAGUGUUUGCUUAUGUUGCUGAUUGUACAGAACAGAAUGAAAGAAGUACCGCUUAUGGUUUGGUCUCUGCAACAUUUGCGGCAAGCCUUAUUAUCAGUCCAGCCUUAGGAGCUUACCUCAGUAAAACAUACAAUGACAACCUGGUAGUUGCCUUAGCAACAGCUAUAGCAGCAUUAGAUAUCCUUUUUGUGCUGGUCGUAGUACCAGAGUCUCUCCCUGAGAGGAUGCGGCCGGCGUCAUGGGGGGCCCCCAUAUCCUGGGAACAGGCAGAUCCAUUCUCUUCUCUGCGUAAAGUAGGUCAGGAUCCAACAGUACUUCUCUUGGCGAUGACGGUCUUCCUCUCAUAUCUACCGGAGGCAGGGCAGUACUCUUGUAUGUUCCUGUACCUGAAGCAGGUUAUACAUUUUAGUGAUGAAGAUGUGGCUACAUUUAUAGCAGUUCUAGGGAUUUUAUCUGUAAUAGCACAGACAUUAGUACUAGCAUGUUUAAAGAAGUCGAUAGGGCUUAAGAACUCAGUGCUGAUAGGCCUGAUCUUCCAAGUGCUUCAGCUCUCCUGGUAUGGACUUGGUACACAGAGAUGGAUGAUGUGGGCUGCAGGCUCUCUCGCGUCGGUUGCGAUGAUCACAUACCCAUCUAUCAGUGCACUAGUGUCUUGUAAUGCUGAGUCCGAUCAGCAAGGCGUGGUACAAGGCAUCAUAACCGGAAUACGUGGACUCUGCAAUGGUAUAGGACCCGCCCUGUUUGGCUUCAUCUUCUACCUAUUUCAUGUCAAUCUGGAUGAACUGCCGACGACUCCGCCUCCAGUCAGGACGAACCACACCACCAUGGAGGAUCCAGACCCAUUCACAAAGACUAUCGUUUUAGGGGCGCCUUUCCUGUUCGGCGCUGGCUCAGUCAUCCUAGCCUUGCUACUAGCAUUCUUCAUCCCGGAUAACGCAGGCUUUACUGGGCCGUACCCCUCCCGGUCACCUUCUAGGCGGGAAUUCUCCUACCCAACCGACUUUGAUAGCUCCACUGGUGAUGUUGUGAACUUCACAAAGGUGCCAGAGAAAGCUCCGUUAUUGUUGGUCGAUGAAUAGUGCUAUUAG